UCAGCAUUGAUAAUUCUAGUCCUAAUAUUUAACGUGUAUAGUGAGCUAGUGCAGAAAAAUAUCCUAUGUCCUAGUGUAUGCAAGUGUAACGGGAAUACAACGACUUGCGAAGGUCACGAUGGCUCUCAUCUAGAAUAUAUUCCACAGUUACCUGAAAAUACAACACAUCUUGUAUUCAGGCAUAAUCAUUUAGGAUACUUGCAAAAGGGUGUUUUCAAGAAUGUAUCCAAAUUAUAUUUGAUCAAUCUUGACCUGAGUAGCAAUCGAAUCAAUAAAAUCGAUAAAAUGGCAUUUCAAAUGCUUCCUAAUCUACAGUUCUUAGACCUGAGUGAGAACAAAGGACUUCAUUCUUCAAAUAAACUUCAUUCUGCUUUUCUUGGACUGCAAAAUAGUGCUUUAACAGAAAUCCGCUUAACAAAAUUACGCUUAAAUAAUUUGUUUGAAGACUUUUUCCUGUAUCUAAGAAACACAUCCCUAGAGCGAGUUUUCUUCGAUGAUAAUAUAAUAACUAGCAACAUUGGUGAUGUUAUGUCUCCAUUGUCUUCUCAUUUGAGAGAAAUUUCAUUCAAGGGCAACCAAAUUUCAAAAGUGUCAUUCAACAAAACUAUGCCAUACAUGGAGGUUGUCACUCUAAGCAAUAACAAACUGUUGUCCGUUCCAGACUGUUGUAAUAUUGGCACUAGCCGACCAAGUUGUCCUAAUCUAAGGGAACUAGAUCUGAGUGACAAUCUCACAUCAGUUGUUUACGGAGGAAAACUCUUCAGACAAUGCUUACCAAGGAUUCAAAGGCUGUUUCUAGGAUAUAACAAGAUUAAGACAUUAGGCAAAAACUUUAUAAGCCUUCUACCGUACCUCGUCUAUUUGUCCAUAGAAAAUCUAGAUCCUCAAUGUAUUCCUUGCGAAUUUUCCUUGAACAGUUCUUCGCUGCAGUAUUUAUACAUGGGAGACAAAAACAAAGAUCUAAGAUAUAACCCACACUUAUUUAAUUACACAAGAAACCUAAAGCUUUUAGAUAUGACUGGAUUACAAUUUGUUUUAUCUCACAAGAAAACGGGGAAGCAGUUAUUUGAACUAUUUAAGUCUCUUACACGACUGGAAGAAUUAAUACUGAAGAGAACAUCUUUAUCAACGUUUCCAGCAACUCUUUUUCCGCGUCAUGCCAAAAUUAACAAAACUGUCCUUACAAGAUUGUUUUUUCAACGAAACAAACCUAAAAAAGUUAUUUGCUCUAGCAUCUUUAAAGGUUCUACUACUAGACAACAACUUGAUAACCAGUGUAUACGUAAAUGA